AUGGGGAGACCUCCUUGCUGUGAUAAAUCCAACGUAAAGAGGGGGCUUUGGACAGCAGAAGAAGAUGCAAAAAUACUUGCCUACGUAGCCAAACAUGGAAUUGGCAACUGGACUUUGGUUCCCCAAAAAGCAGGACUUAAUAGAUGUGGGAAGAGCUGUAGGCUUAGGUGGACUAAUUAUCUGAGGCCUGACCUCAAGCAUGAUGACUUCACACCCCAAGAAGAACAGCUUAUUCUUGAGUUUCAUAAAGCUAUAGGCAGCAGGUGGUCUCUAAUUGCAAAACAAUUACCUGGAAGAACAGACAAUGAUGUGAAGAACUACUGGAACACUAAGCUGAGGAAGAAGCUAUCCAAGAUGGGAAUUGAUCCUAUAACACAUAAGCCAUUCUCCCAGAUCCUAUCCGAUUACGGCAACAUCAGUGUCCUCCCAAACACCAGAAAUCAAAUCACUUCAGUAAACAACACAUCAAUAUCCAAAUCAGAACCAUCUUUAGUCUCAACAGGACUUUCAACCACCACCAACAUCCCAGACAACCCCUUUGCUAUGAACCAAUUAUGGGACAAUGUGGCUCAGUUCCACCAAGUCAUGAACCAAGAAAUUACCAUCCCACCCCAUUUCUUCAAUGAAAUCGCCUCUUCUACUUCGUCCACGUCUUCUUCUAGUGUCACCCAACUGAGCUCACCUCAAUCCCUCUCUUACCAACCAUCUCACCUUCAACUCACACCUUCUUCUCCCUCUAGAUGGAGUGAAUUUCUUCUCGGUGACCCUUUUCUGUCCACAGAUAUCGCGCAACAACAAGACCAUAAUUGCCGCGAUAUACUAUCAUUCGCUAGUCCUACAAUCAGAUUACAGAAUGAGGAGGCACCAUCACUACCAUGGAACAAGCCUGCAGGCAUAGAUGAAAGUGUGUUCAGCCGAGUUAUUAGGCAUGACAAAGCUGACACAUUUUACCAUGAAGGGAUUAGUAUUACUACUAGUGGAGGUCAGACACAGCACUGUACUGAAGAAGCAGCUUCAUCUUCUCCAAACUCAUUUGUGGAGGCAAUCUUAGAUAAACACAGUGAAAUGCAAAUCGAAUUUCCUGUUCUUUUGGAUGAAUAUUUUAAUUUCUGACCUCUUAAUUAGCUAGACUGCCUUUGUUUGUGGAGAUUGCUUGGUGUAAACUUUG